CGCAAUUUCCCCUGAACUAAGAUGGCAGCGUCCAGAGCGAAGUGUGUGGAAAAUGGAGACGUUGCCCCCAUGGGAUAUACGGCUAUUCCAGUCAAGUUUUCUGACAAGCACCAAUCACCUCAUUACCUCUAUGUGAAAGAACACAAAGUCAGAGAGGGCAGAGAUCCUAAGAGGCCUCAAAACCGAACUCUUUUUGUCCUAAAUAUCCCUCCAUAUUGUACAGAGGAAUGUAUAUCAAGGCUGUUCUCCAGCUUUUGCCCCGUACAGUCUGUGGAGAUGUGUGAAAAGCCAAAGCCAAGAGACAGGACAGAAACACCCAGGACCAAAUUCUUUGAUAUCAAGACACUCUUGGGAUUCCAAGUAGCUUAUGUGGUAUUCAAGAGUCCUGCUGGAGUACAGGCCGCCAAAUUCUCAUCACUGCAAGGGCCCCUGAUAAUAUCUUCAGACAGCCAUCCUGUGCAAACUGGCAUUCACAAAUGGAUUGCCAGAUAUGCAGCAUCAAUUGUGGAUCCUGCUGAGCUGAAGACAGAAGUGGAUUCUUUCAUGCAAACCUAUGAUCAAAAGGUUGCAAAGGAAGAAGCCAAAGCUGAAAAGGAAGAAGGUGUUCCUGAUAAGGAAGGGUGGGUGAAAGUGACAAGGAAAGGCCGAAGGCCUGGUCUUCCAUGGACAGAAGCAGCCAAUCUGCGGGCCCUAGAGAGAGAGAAACGCAAGAGAGCACGCAAGGAGCUGCUCAAUUUUUACGCGUGGCAACAUCGUGAAACCAAGAGAGAACACAUAGCCCAGCUAAGGAAGAAAUUUGAAGAGGAUAAGCAGAAAAUUGCUCUCAUGAGGGCACAGCGGAAGUUCCGCCCCUACUAACUUGGAGAAGUUGCAGCUGUUCCCAGGAGGGCUGUAGCCAAAGUAAGAAAUUCAUAGAGAGUUUUUCAUUAGGAAACCAGCCCUGAUCUCUUGACUGGACUCUUGCUUCAGCUGCUAAAGCAAGAGGUAACAGUUGCAGUCAUUUUGUUUAGGUCUAUGUGAAGCUGAUAAUUCAGUGUCAGAGAAUUUUCCAUUGACAAGCUGCAUCUUGAUUUCAUCCCUGGACUUCCUAUCCCCAUGAACUGAGGACUUCCCAAACAGUUUUUAUAAUGAACCAUUCUGUAGUGUAUUUCUUUAGCCUCACUUAACAAGAGAAAUGAAGGGCAGCUGUUCAAAAAACUCCCCCCAAAACUGUAAUUAUUCUAAGCCAUGAAAGUCAAGGGUUUUUUAAAUUAUUUUAUUUAUUUAUUUUUAAAAGAGAAAAGUAAAAAAAAAGAAAAAAAUGCAAAGGUAUUAUACCAGUAGGUGGACAAAGAAAUUGCAAAAGUUGUACAGUUGGUGUUCAGUAUAACAUCGAAGAGAAAUUAAAAACCAAAAUGCAUUAAGUUAUUUGUAACAAUAAGGAAAAGGAUUUUGAAAAUAUUACUGAAUCUCUGAAGUGAAUGCCAAAGUCUCCACUAUUUUGUUAUUUAAAGAUACCAAUAAAAAAGGAGAAAGAACUACUACUAAAAAUAUUGUAGGUAAAUAUUUAGUUUCUAACUUCCCCUUUGUUGUACUCUGACUGAUACACAAUAUUUAUAAACAUUUUUUUAUUUUUUCUUCUAUUUUUAGUUCUUUAGUCAAUUCUUUUCUCCCUUGAAAACCACAUAUUAAAUGCUUAAAUUUACCUUGCUGCAUAAAAUGUAAUAUGGAAGCCAUUCUUGCUUAAAUUUGGUCAAACAUCUGUUUUAUUAUGCUGUUAAUACUUCCAUUUCUGCACAUUAAAGUUCCCAGUGUUAUAUCUUCAGUAACAUAUCUCUUUUCCAGGGUUUAUUGCUACCUUCUGGGUAGAAUGGGGCAUAUUAUGCAACAGCAGAAUAAAUAAAGGUGGCUAUAUUGGUACUGUGACCAUAUUUUCUUGGAAAAAAUAAAGGACAAACCUGAAAAAGGGGCAAAUCUGAAAGAGGUUCAUAAGGAUAAAAAAAAAUUGUUUAUGUUUAUACCUUUGCUUUACAAAUAAAAAUUCAAGAGCAAAGCCAAGAAAAACUUUACAAAAAGUUUUGUACUUACAAAAUAAAAACAUAUAA